AUGAGCGGUAAGAGUUGCUUCAAGUGUGGACGAUCUGGCCACUGGGUUCGGGAGUGUCCAAAAGGAGGAACUCGAGGGCGAAUACCAAGAAAUCGUGGCAGAGGUCCUCAAAUCAGCUCCGCCAGUCCAUCUGAUAUCUGUUUUCGCUGUGGUGAAACUGGUCAUUACGCCAAGGACUGUGAUCUUCACCAAGACGCCUGCUACAACUGCAGGAAAAGAGGCCAUAUCGCUAAGGACUGUACCCAGGCUAAACGUGACAGGGAGCAGUGCUGUUACAUCUGCGGCCGACCUGGUCAUCUGGCUCGUGACUGUGACCAUCCGGAAGAACAGAGAUGCUACAAUUGCGGCGAAUUUGGGCACAUCCAGAAAGACUGCACCCAAAUCAAGUGCUACAGAUGUGGUGAGAACGGCCACAUGGCGGUGAACUGCAACAAGGCAAGUGAAGUCAACUGCUACUGCUGUGGCGAGUCUGGACAUCUAGCCCGGGAAUGCCCCAUUGAGGCUACUGCGUAG